UGGCACUUGGAAUGUUAUGAAUAACAGAAACAUUGUAGUCCUUCCUGUAAUCUGAGUUUUUCAUAGCUAUACCUUUGCAUCAAUAUACCCGGAAUACUAUUGCGGAAACACCCUUGUCCGUUUAGAAUUCACGGAAUAGCACAACAUAAAACCCACUGGGCGACACACCCUGGGCAGAUUUUACAGUAAAGAGUGUUGUUCUAAGUUGUGUUUUUAAGUAAGUGAGCAUGUCAGUGGACCCCAGUUGUAAAGAGGAAGCAGAACGCUUCAGAUUGGAAGGAAAGAGUCACUAUGAGAGAAAUGAAUUCGAGGAGGCCAUACAGAAAUAUAUACAAGCUGGUGAACUAUACAGAAGCUGUGGUUCAGAAGAGUGGGAAGCUAAGAUGUGGGGCAAUGUAGCACUGAUGCAUAUGAAGUUAAAUCAGCCGACAAUCUCUCUUGAGUAUGCUAACAGGGCAGUUGAGAUGAGUCCACUGAAUAGCAAGGCAUACUAUCGCAGAGCCCAGGCACUAGAGCAUGUAAAUGAGUAUGUGGGACAGUGUUAGAGACUAUGUCAAGCGUAUGAGUUACAACAAGAGGAGGAGUCCUUAUGCAGUGCUGUAAGAGUAGCUGCGGAUCAUGGUAUGUACUAAUGUAAGACACAGAAACUCUUUCUUAUGUAGUAGGUACAGUAGAAUCUCAGAUACUGAAACUGUGGGGGAUUAACCAAAUGGACACAUAUUAACCCUCGGCGCGCAUGCGCAGCGAGGGUUACAGUAGUCGUUCUGUCUGUCCCGUCUGUCCUCACUAGGUUCUAGCACUACAUGCUACGAAGCGGCCAAUGAAUGGCACCAUGGGCUGUGAACGACGAGAAGAUUGAUAUGAAUGUGGCGAUUUUCCCGAAACGACUGCGUUCCAGAGAUAUGGCGUGAAAACAGAGAAAAAGCCAACGUG